GUCGCAGCCGCAGCCGCAGCCGCAGCAUCAUCAAGCCUGCAUAAUCGAGGCCGAAGAGAAGCAAAUCCUGAAACUCGAGAGCGGCGUCAGUAAAAUGGGCAGGUCGAGGUCGCGUAGUAAAUCGCCGAAUAGGCGUCGUCACAAAAGCAAGCACUCGCACAAGCAUCGAUCGAAAUCGCGUGAAAAACGCUCCAACAGCAAAUAUACGGAGAAGCCGCGUGAGAAGAGUUCCAAAUCUAGAAAACGCUCCCACUCUGUGUCGUCCAGCAGUGCUUCCGAUGUAUCCGACGACGUUCACAUUGUCACUCAUAAGAAACGUACCUAUAGAGAUAGAGAGAGAAAAAUGGAUGAGGUGGAGAGAUUAGCAGAAAUGGAGAGGCAAAGGCGACAGAGGGAAGUAGAGCAAAAAAUAGUCGAAGAAGAAGCAGCUAAAAGAAUAGAGGAACUUGUACAGAAGCGUGUAGAAGAAGAGCUUGAGAAACGAAAAGAAGAAAUUGAAGCCGAAGUGCAAAGGCGAGUAGAAGAGGCUAAGAGAGCCAUGGAAAGGCAAAUGAUGGAGGAAAUGGAAUGGAGACAGGCUAAAUUACGCGAAGAGGAAAAGAGAAGAGAGGUAAGACCAAGGAAGAAACGUGAGGAACUUGAGAGGAUCAUGGAGGAAAACAACAAAAAGAUUGAAGAAGCACAAAAGAAAUUGGCUGAAGAGAGACUUGCAAUGGUAGAAGAGCAACGAUUAAUGGAGGAAGAAAGACAGAAAAUGCGAAAAGAGCACGAAAAACGCGUCAAGGAAGAACAGAAAAAAAUCCUUGGCAAAAACAACUCUAGACCGAAGCUCUCUUUUUCGCUAAAACCAGUUACGUGAGUCUAUUCAUUCGGUGUAGUUUUUCAUGUGAUAUUUUAGGAUCUCCGUCAGUUGAGAUUACAACGGCAUGAUCUUUUGAACAUACAAAACUUCUCUUUGAGGCUUUAACAAAUCUGUGAAUAGGGAUGAUUAUUUUAUUGUAAUAAAUCGUAAUUGUAAUAAUUGAAAAGUCGUCUUACAAGAUUUUUUAAAGUUUCUAAGACUAGUGCUAUAGUGUUCAGAAGUUUUUUCAGAGCUCCACCGCCCUGGAAAAAUGUACAGCGUAUUUUGUUUUUUAAUCUAUUGAUCAUUUUAUGUAAAAAGAGCGUUUUUACUAGUGUAAUAUGGGAUGAUUGCAUUCAAGAAGUAUAAGAAUUGAACACUAAGUAUUUAAACUGCAAAAUUCAAGGUGGAUCCAGUUGAGUUUACAGUUAUUACUAUAAGAUUCGCCUUUGAAUUUUCAGCCGAUUGGAAAGCGACAAGGACAUAAAAAAAAAAAAAAUACGAUAGUGUAAUGCGAUUAAGAAAUAGAAAAUCGUUAAAAUUAGCA